GGAGGCUUUGGGGUUGGCAUUUUAAGAUUAAAAGAGCAAAAGAAGGGGAAAAUAGAGGAAAAGAAAAGCAGAGGAGAGAAAGAGGGGGACACACAAACACACACACACACACAAAACCACUGUGGGUAGAGUUGCUAUGGAAACUGGCAGCCUGUAGGCUGGCAUGUUGCCUGACACCGAGAUGGAAAAACAGUUCAAAGGUAAAACUUGGCACAGGGAUGUUGUCUUUUGUCAGAGAUGUUUCCAGGAGGACAAAAGCAGCUGGCAGCAGCACCUUGGUAGCGCCAGUUCCCUGCGUUGCCUUUUCUUCCUCCAUCUCACCCAGUGGCUUGCAAGGCUGACCUGGCAAGAGGAGACAGAAGAAGCAACAGUGGGCACCAUUGGCAUUGUGCAGUAGGCCAAGGAAAGGAAGGAAGGAAGGAAGGGAAGCAGGGAAAGAAGGACAUCUCAACCCAGAGGUGGAAUCCACAAAGUGGCCGCUGCAACCCAUCCAUCCAUUUCCCAUCUGGAGAUGUUUGACGAUAUGGAUGAGAGCAAAGAGACGGACGGCAGCCUUUUGGGCGAUCCUGGCCAGACUUCCCCUGGAAGGAAGGAGAAUGCAAAAUGGCAGAGGCCACGGCUUACGCGCAGAGCAUUGAUGAAAUGCUGUCUGGUGAAAUGGAUCCUCUCCAGCGCUGCUCCCCAGGGAUCAGACAGCAGCGAUAGCGAGUUGGAGCUUUCCACCAUCCGGCAUCAGCCAGAAGGACUGGACCAGCUCCAGCUUGUGACCAAAUUCACCAAGAAAGAGCUACAAUCCCUCUACAGAGGCUUCAAAAACGAAUGUCCCAGUGGCCGGGUGGACGAGGAGACCUUCAAGGUGAUCUAUGCGCAGUUCUUCCCCCAGGGAGAUGCCACCAUGUAUGCCCACUUCCUCUUCAAUGCCUUUGAUGUUGACCGGAAUGGAGCCAUCUGUUUUGAGGAUUUCGUUGUCGGCCUCUCCAUCCUUCUGCGUGGGACGGUGCAUGAGAAACUCAGCUGGGCCUUCAACCUCUACGACAUCAACAAGGAUGGCUACAUCACCAAGGAGGAGAUGUUGGCAAUCAUGAAGUCCAUCUAUGACAUGAUGGGACGCUACACCUACCCAAUCUUGAGGGAAGAUGCUCCAAUUGAACAUGUGGAGAAGUUCUUCCAGAAAAUGGACAAAAACCAGGACGGCGUGGUCACCAUCGAAGAGUUCCUAGAGACUUGCCAAACGGAUGAGAACAUCAUGAACUCCAUGCAGCUGUUUGAAAAUGUCAUUUAGGACGCUGGGGAACCGUCCGCCUCGUCUCUCCUGACCCACCUUGGCCUCCUGCACUUGGACCCAGCGUCCAACUUUCCUCUGAAGCACACACACACCUCUCUCCCAGAAAGAGCAAGGAAAACAGCAAACGAAAUCAACCAAAAACUCUUUUUUUAUACUCAAAGUGGGGGGGGGGGGGGUGGGAGGGGAAGACCAAAACCAUCCGGACGAGAUGCCAUUUGCAAGGUUUGCAAGACUUGCUGGAUUCUCACAGUUGAGCAUCUAAGGACAGGAAGGACGAAGGAAGAAAAGAGGCCGGAGACCAUGAAUGUUGGUGAGGUAGGGCUCACAUGAGAAAGCGUGGAAAAGCGUGUUUCAGGGUUAUUUUUUUAAUGAGUAACACUCCUUCCUCCCUUCCUCAUUUAUUAAACUUGGGUCCCGAAGCAUCUGAUUCUUCAUUACAUGACAAAGGAAAUUGAUCUCUCCCUUGCAGAGUGCUCUUGCCUGGCUCCUUUUCCUUCCGGAGGGAGAUGCUCCAGCAGAACUUUUGAUUCAGAUCUGCUUCUUGUUUUGCCAACACUUAACCUCAUCCAUGAUCCCUCAUGCCUACUAGAUGGGUCCUUCUCUUCUCCAGAAUGCCCCCGGACCAUUAAUCCAUCAAAUGGGGUCCCUGUGCAUUGAAUGUUUCCCCAUGCGCCUGGACCAGGCAUGUGCUCAGUUGGUCCUUUUGAAAUCUUUGCCACAGGGCUGCUCCAUGCCAACAUUGUUCCUGAUGGCCUUGUUCCAUUCGGGUACCAAUUCUGGGACUCAGCAUCGCAUGCGCCUCAAUGGUUUGGUUGCCAGUUGGAUCUGCAUGGCUGCACAAUUGCAGACUAGUCCCUUCUCAGUGACUCUGUUGCUGACAUCCAUUUUGGCUGUUUACAUUAGCAGGACUUUGCUGUAGACGGAUGCUCAUGGACACUGGAAGAAGAACCAUCUCAGUCUUAAAUGCUUCAGGAUGCAUCCAUGCUAUGCAGCUAAGGUACUUUGGUACUUUGAUUGUCAUGGUUCCAUUCUACUGACUCCUGGGAUUUGUAGUUCAUUGACAGCCAGAAAACUCUAUUGCUGUCAUUCAGGGGAAUGGAGGAAAGAAUGUAAGUACAUCCCCAAAUGAUCCAUUCCAGGAUUCCAUAUGAUGGCACCAUGGCAGUUAAAGCAAUACAGAGCUGCCAUGAAUGCGCAGUGUGGACAUAGCCUUAGUCACAUAUUUGGCAGUGGACACGAUGCUCUUCCUCGCCAUUUUCUAUCCUUACAACAACCCUGGGAGGUAGGUCCACACCAAGAGCAGGUGGUUGGCCAAAGUCACCUGGUCGGGUUUGUAACUCAGCGGGGACUAAAUCCAAUACACUAACCAAAUGGCUCUUUUCCAGAUUGACUUGUCUGUCCAGCAAAAAGAAAAACCCAUUGCAUUUGCAGAGGGAAAGUUCUGGUGACCAGUCAAUAUGGCGCAGAGGCUUGUGUGGUCAACAAGUCUUCUAAGGCACACUCACUCAGUUGACACCAGUUGCUAAGUCUUUCCCUUGCCUUGCAUGGCCUGAACAGGUACAUUGUGGGGGGUGUUGCAAAAGCACAUCAAUGAUGAGGAAGAGGCUGCCCUGCAGAGAAUUUGGGCUCUGCAUUGCUGGCUUUCUUGUCCCCUUAAGCAGCUCCAAACCCCCAAACCAGGCUCCAUGCAUCUGCCCCAUUCCCUUAUCGCUCCACAGCUCUUCAACAGCCUGCCUUCUGGUUCUUGGGGAGAAUUCUAUCAUUGCUUUCGGAAUUAAGGUGCGCACCAUUAUUCCCCACUGUUUUCCAUUUUCUUUUCUUUCUGCCACAUCAGACUCAUAGUCUGGAGGGAUUUAAACCACGAUGUAAAAAGGACAAAGAGAAUAUUUUUUGAUGGACUCACUUACUGAUUGCUUUUUAAGGUGUGGUUUUAAUUGUCUGCUAAUGAUGUCUAUCAGUAAAUUACAAAGGAGGGGGGAAAAGAGCCAAACUGAAUGUGGAGCCAAAGCUACGGAUUUGCAGGAGGCUGCAUUAAUGUACCCAGUCGUUUUCUAAAACUGGAGAAUGGCAGUUCAAACAUUAGAGACAAUGUUCUAGAGACAAGAUCUAGUCGUUCAGAUGUGUACAAAGGACAGAUGUACUAAACCAGGUGGGGAGGAUUUCAUGCGCACUUCUGUGAAACCCCUGCCCUGUGCCAUAGACCCCAAAUGUGACUGGACCUGGCCUUUGGAAGAGGACCUGCUCCCACCCUUGUUCUUGCAUUUACAACAACCCAGCCCAGGUUUCAGGUUUAUCUCCUCUGGGUCUUCUCAAAACUGAUAACAGCUGGAUCACACAUCCAAGCUUUCCUUUCCUUGACUAGGCUAAAAACAUGGCUCCGUUGCCACGGUCCUCUCCGACCCGCUUCCUGAAUUCUUCUCAGGAUUGUGUAAGUUUGCACUAGGGAGGCAAUCUCUUUGUAAAUUCCGUUCUCAUGCGCAGGGAUGCAAACAUGUCAACCUUUUUUCCUUCCCGUUGUGCGAAAUCCCUCGAAAAACCUGCGCAGUCCAAGAUAUAUUCCGUGAAAAUCUAAGCGUAGAAUUUCAUACAAAGACAGUUUUAAAAAGAGAGAUCCCAGAUUGGCCACUUUGGGCUACGUCUGCAUUGCAGAACUGAUGUGGUUUGACAUUGCUUAAACUGCCAUGGCUCCGUGUGAUGAAAUCCUGGGAUGUGUAGCUUCAGGAGGUAUAUCGCCUUCUCUGCCAGAGAGCGAUGGUGCCACGUCAAACUGCAAAUCCCGGGAUUCCAUGGCAGUUAAAGCGGUGCCAAACUGCAUUGUUUCUGCAGUGCAGAUGCAACCUUGCUUAACCAAGUACUUAGUUAAUUAAGUUAAAUACUUAAGGCCCCAUCCUACUACAAAAUAAAUCAUUUUUGGAGCUGAAUUGAUGAUGCGGUUUAGUUCACGCUAUUUGAGUCUUUGAUUUACUUACCCAUUUCAGUUCAAUCCACUUCACAUUCAGUGCUUCCGGACUCGAGUCACGUACAAUACUCACCUAAGGAAGGGCUGCAUGCCUGGCACUCGCCUUUUCCUCCGGCCUCCUCUUCGGAGCCUCCUUUCACAGCACAACCAACUGGGAGACUGGCGCUGGCCCUCGUCCGCUGUAAGGACUUGAGAGUCGGUCACUGUAUAUUUUAAUAAA